UUUGCGUGCAGUGAUGUGUACUGUCAUUUGGACCGACAUGGCUUAAGGAGAUGCGGCGUUGUGAAGCAAAGAAAUACAUUUAAAACCACAACGUAAAGAGCGUUGACUGCGUAGGUGGAUCUUGUGGUGAGCUGUGUGUCCUGCACAUGUAGCAGACGAUCCAGACACGUAGCCUGAAGGCUGCACUGCAACAAUGCCGGAGUCUUCGCUGGAAGUCAAGGACAUCAGCAGCAGCUCUGCUGAAUGUAGAUCUGCUCCCUUGAGGCGGUUUAGUCAAUCAUCGCUGCCACUGCACAGAAACUACAUGUUCAGUAACUUCUGCACAGAGCACAAUGUGCAGGAAUGUCUCUCUCACAUCAAUCAGGAGGUGUCAUCUCUUGGCCUCCCACCAGUAUGGACGGAGGCGAGCGGCAGUUCAGAGAUGAAUGUUGUGGCUGUGCUAAAUUGCAUGUAUGACCUGAUUCAGCUGCACCGCAGGGGUCUCCGGACCCUGGAAAACAUGGAAGUGGAGCAGCUAAAGUCAAGCAGCAAUGUGGACUUCUUGCAGCUCAACAACACCCAACUAAAAGAGCAGCUUGAACUGUCCAAAAGAGAAAACACGGGACUCCUUGAAAGAGAGCGACAGCUGCAGCUGAAAGUGAAGAGUUUGCAAAACUGCCUGAAAAAUGAGAAAGAAGAGGUGCAAAAACUUCAGAACAUAAUCGCAAGCCGGGCCAGCCAGUACAAUCAUGAGAUGAAAAGGAAAGAAAGAGAAUUUAACAAACUGAAGGAGCGCUUGAAUCAACUUCUGAUCGACAAAAAGGAGAAAAAACAAGCUAUUGAUGUAUUAAACAACAUUGGAAGAGCUGAUGGGAAGAGAAGCCUUUGGAAAACUGAAAAGACAGAAGCAAAGCACGAGGGAGAGAUGUAUAAGACUCUGCUGAGUGACUAUGACACCCGACAAAGGGAGCUGCUGCUGGAAAAUGCAGAGUUGAAGAAAGUGCUGCAGCAGAUGAAAAAAGACAUGGUGUCCAUUCUGAGUUCAAGACUAAACGAUGACCAGCAUCAAGCUAUACAGGCUGACUCAGAGGAGGAAGACGAAGUGUUUGAUUCCAGUAAAGAAAGUGUAGAACUGUAUUGUGUUCACGCUCGGGAGAAGCUGACCAACAGUAUUCGCCUCCAGUGGAGAAGACUCAAGAGCCACGUUGAAAGACUGGACAGCCAAGCAUCUUUGGCUCAGAUGGGCGACAGCAAAAACACUGAUACAGUUUCCAGAGAGACCCAUGAGGAGGAGAUGGACAGACUGAAGCUGGAGAUCCAACAGUGCAAAGACUUUAUUCAAACACAACAGCAGCUCCUGCAGCAACAGCUGAGCUCUCCGUGCGACGAAGAGACGGCAUCCCUGCUGAGUGACUGCUACAUGCUGCAGGAGAAAGAACGCUUUAAAGAGGAGUGGAAGACCCUCGAGGAACAGAGAAAGAUCUUUGAGAGGGAGAGGAGGAACUUCACUGAAGCAGCUAUACGACUUAGCCAUGAGAGAAAGGCCUUUGAGGACGAUCGAGCGACGUGGCUGAAACACCAGUUUUUAAACAUGACUCCAUUUCCUGACUCAAAGAAACCCCAGAUGUCAAAGUCAAAAAGUGCCUUUUUAAUAUCUAAACCGGAGGCAAGUGCAGCGCCUGCUCCAGAAAAGCUCAUUAAAUGCCCUUCCCCCACACCAAGAUGUGUUCCACUGACGUUGCCAUCAACAGCCGACCAGUAUCAAACACGUGGCCUUACUCCAGAAAGCAGAUUGACCAAACCAAAGAGAAAGACUGAACGUGUUGAAGAAUCCAGCAUCUUCUCAAAUGGAAAUGUUCCAGUUCAGCGCAAACAGUGGAACAACAGUGAAGACCACAGCAGACACACACUCGCAAAGGAAAAGACCAGCUCUAUAUGAACAAAAACUUUCACAGUUUGAAUCAGAAUUCUUGUGAAUGUCCAUUGAUUAUGGAUGAUUUGAGGUAUUUCAGACAUAGACCUGAAUUGUGAAUGCCAAGUGCUUGAAGAAAGACUGUAAAAUGAUUAAAUAGCCAAACCUGAGUUCUGGUUCGCUGCUAGUGUUCUUUGCUCUGUGUGACUGAGAGAAUAUCUAAUUGUUUCUUCUUUUUAUUAUGUAUCAGCUUUUUUUCCUAUAUUAUGUGAUACAUUUAUUUAUUUAUUUAUAUGGUGCUGUAUAUCUUGUGUCUAGGAUCAUGAUCUAAGGCUAGUAUUUUUUUGGCAGUGCAGGUGUCCCAAAAAAGAUCAUGUGUAAUGAGAUGGCCCUUACUAAUGUUCGCUGUUGCAUCUUAACCUGCCUAAAUGUUGUUGUUUUUACCACAACUUUUCAACUUAUGUUAUUAUGUUAAACUUCUCAACUGGCACAAUGUUUUAGAAUGUAGAUUUAAUGCUGCUGUUUCACUGAAUGCAAUAAGAAACUGGGGAAAAAAGUAUUUUUCUAUAGAUUGAUAUAGAAUUGUGGUUGACAACAUUGUUUUCUAGUGAAAGAUGUUGCAGUUAAAUAGGAAAAAAUAUGACAUAACAUGUAAAACCCUGACACUCCAACACACUUAUCAAUAUGAAUGUGCAUUCUUCUCACCCUUUUAUUUAUUCAUUAAUAUGUUAAUUUUAGUUGCUUUAUAUUGAAAGAUGAAAAUAAUUCUUGCAACAUGAAUGUGACAUGAUGUAUUCCAGACAAUCUUGUAUUCUUGAAACAUUCAUUAUACAUUCUUCAAAGUUCAAACACAAGUUUCUUGUCACAUGACCUUUAUUGUCCUCUUUUGGAAACAAUUUUGAGUGCUAACUGAUUAACAGAGCUGCUUUACUUGUUCCUGCUCAUUCACUGGUUGCCUGUAAUUGACAGAAGUGGAGACCACUUAGGUAAACACAGCAAUUCAGCAGGACUGUCGAGUAAAGAGGUAAAUGCCUGUUAUGUGCAUGUUUUGGCAAACAGUAUUAGGAUGGUGCAACAUUGAUCAUAAUAUUGUGCAUUUUCCCUGUAAGUAAUGCAUAACUAUAGUUCUGAAUGAAGUUGUCAUAAAAGAAAAGACUUAACAACAGAAAA